AUGUCCCAGCCAUUCCCUAUCACCUACAUUGUUCUGAAGGUGCUCAUGGUAUGGGGCUGGUACAGCAGCCACAAGGCCCAUGGGGAGAAAGAACAGGGUCCUGGACAGCCCAGCCAAGUGCCCUUUGCCCUGUGCCUGCCAGGCUGCUGUUGCCUGUCGGUGCACUGUGGCAAGUGCUCUGCCUCGGCCUCAGUGACUCACUGCCACAUUCACCGGCUGGGUAAUGGAUGCCUUUACAUGUCGUCCUGGCUCACCUUCCCCAGCCUGCACAAAUUGGUGGGCCCCUACUCUGGUAAUGCCCUGGCAGCCCUCCAGCACCCUGAGCAGUGUGUGGGGAGAUGUCCUGUGGGCUGUGGGCUGCCUUUCUACUACUCCUGUGAGCCCUUUCUGCUCUCAAGCAGCUCCCUCCAGUUCUCGGAGACCACAUCCCCACCAGAGGACUCUCCCAUCAGCCAGAGCCUGAGGGAAGCCAUCAGCUUUUGCCUGAUUCUCUCAGAGACUGACACCCCUGAGCCAGACCCCACAGGAAAGGUGGUUGUUGUAGAUAAGUUAUGUAAUAGUUAG